AUGACUCAGAGCUAUGCACUUCAAUACGCAAUGUGUUUGCAUAUGGGGUUUGGUGUCUCCAAGAGUCCGGAGUCUGCCUAUCAGGUACUUCAAGAUGCCGGAAUCUCUAAUCAUGACUUUCAAACCGCGCUAGUGAACUUAAAGGCGAAGCUGGGGGAGCCAGUAUACCACGAAAGCGCAUAUCAGAAACUCCUUCUUGAAGGCUACGAUCUGUCGAUUGACUAUUCAAGGUACUAUGACAGUCUAGGACGUUCGGAUGAAGCCCUUGCACAAAACCGAGAAGACUUAACCAACCUAGAGAGCUUUCUCGGCCGCGAUAACUCCCUUGCUCUAUCAGUGAGAACCAUUUUGUGCGACCAGCUUCUUGGAAUGAAAAGAGUUCAAGAAGCACUUACACUCAGAAAGGAGUUUGUUGACAUAAGGAAGCGGACGCAUGGAAAUCAUGCCGAGGAGACAAAAAGAGCAAUGCUGGCUUUAGCGGCUGUGUACGUCAACGCAGGCAUGGUACAUAAAGCAGAUAAACUUUUCGCAGAGCUCAUGGAUUCACGAUUACCCGGCCUUGAAGGGGCAAAUCAACUGCGUGUAUUAUCGCUCAUUCGCCGCUCGCAGAAUCGACUGGACGAUGCAAUCGAAGCUCACAAGGAGCUGCUCACUAUUCUGUUUGAAAAGCUAAACAGUGACCACCCAGACUCUCUCGAAGAAGAGUCCAGGCUUUGUACGAUGCUGAUUAAUCAAAAAAACUACGACGACUCAGGACUACGAUUGGAGCGCGUUGUUGAGACAUGCAAGAAAGUCCUCGGCCCGAAUAACAAACUAACAUUGACAAAUACAGGCAAUUUGGCGUACUGCUAUGAUCAAAAGGGGGAGUUCCAGCGAUCUGUCCCUCUUUACCGUCAAUUAGUGAAUGAAGAAGCGCAUCUCAAGGCAUAUAUAUUUCAACACUAUGUUUCGAAGCUGAAGGCUGCAGAGAAAGCCCUUGAAGAGGUUUAUUAG